UUGCUUGUGUUAAUUUGUUUGGUAUCGUUUACGUUCUUUGCUAGCUGUCUUUUAUUUCUAUCAAAAUGGAGUCGGGUGGCAUUGUUGAGUCUAUUGGGAAUAAGACGAUCUUAGUCACUGGUGCUACUGGUUUUGUAGCCAAGCUUUUCGUGGAGAAAGUUCUCAGAGUUCAGCCCAAUGUAAAGAAGCUCUAUCUUCUUUUAAGAGCUCCUGAUACCAAGUCAGCCACACAAAGGCUACAUAACGAGGUGAUAGAAAAGGAGGUUUUUAGGGUCCUAAGACAGAAACAUGGUGCUGGUUUUGAUUCCUUCAUAUCGGAAAAGGUGACUCCGGUGCCGGGGGAUAUUAGUUGUGAGAACCUGGGAGUAGAAGACUGUGAUUUGAGGGAUGAAAUGUGGAGAGAAAUUGACAUUGUUGUGAAUAUGGCUGCAACAGUUAACUUUGAUGAAAGAUAUGAUGAUGCGUUGUAUACCAAUACCUUGGGAGUGAAGCAUGUUCUGAACUUUGCAAAGAAAUGUGCUAAGUUGCAGAUGUUUGUGCAUGUAUCCACGGCGUACGUGGCCGGACAGCAAGAAGGAGUGAUAAUGGAGAAACCAUACCGAAUGGGAGAAACACUCAACGGAACUCCCGGGCUGGACAUCGAACAAGAGCUGAAAGUGGCAGAGGAAAGAUCGAAAGAAGUGCAGGAUUUGGGGUUUACAAAAAAACAAGAAAGAAUUGCCAUGAAAGAACUGGGAUUGACAAGGGCAAGAUUGUAUGGUUGGCCAAAUACCUACACUUUCACAAAGGCUAUGGGAGAGAUGCUUAUUGGGAACUUGAGAGAAAACAUGCCUGUUGUUAUCAUACGCCCAACCAUGAUAACAAGCACUUACUAUGAACCAUUUCCAGGUUGGAUUGAAGGCCUCAGAACCAUCGAUAGCUUGGCACUGGGUUAUGGUAAAGGAAAGCUUACUUUCUUCCUUGGAAAUCCUAAGAUGAUCAUUGAUUUGAUACCUGGAGAUAUGGUGGUAAAUUCUAUUAUUGUGGCCAUGGUUGCUCAUCUCAAUCAACCUUGUGAGCAUAUCUACCAUGUGGGAUCCUCUGUCAGCCAACCCCUACAAGUUACCUUCGUUCAGGAGAUUGGAUAUCAUUACUUCGCUAUGAAUCCAUGCAUGGAUAAAGAUGAAAAUCCCAUCAAGGUUGGAAAGGUUGCAAUAUUCAGCAAUAUGGAUGACUUCCGUAGAUACAUGCUCAUUCGUUACUUGAUCCCUUUAAAGGGAUUACAAUUGUUAAAUGUAGUAUGUUGUCAAUAUUUCGAAGGAGCCUAUGGUGAUCUCAAGCGAAAGAUCAGCUUUGUAUUACGAUUGUUGGAACUUUACGAACCAUACUUGUUCUUUAAAGGAGUCUUUGAUGAUUUGAACACAGAAAUGUUGCGCAAAGCAACUCUGAAGAACGAGGUAGAAGCGAGUAUGUUUUGCUUUGAUCCCAAGCAUAUCAAUUGGGCCAACUACUUCAUGAACACUCACCUCCCUGGUCUUGUAAAAUACGUCUUCCGGUCACAAUAAAUAAGUCUAUGCCUGUACUGAGGUAGCUCUUUGUAUUUCUCUCCAGCCAUCCUGUUUAUUAUAUCAAAAAUGUAUUUUUUUUUCAUAAUAAUUAGUCACUUAGUUGAUGUAAGGUUUAAAACAUAUAGCUCCAUGCAUGUUUUGGAGACGUCAUUAAUGUUGUUGCAUGCAAAAACCGAAUCGAACUGUCAAAGAAGCAAGUUUUUGUUUGGAUGGGUGGUUUCUAACA